AUGGUCUCGAGACAAUAUUUUUCACUCGGAUCGGCGUCCCACGAUCUGGUUAUGGAAAUGAUUAUCCAGGAUUCUUUUCAUCACGACCCGCUGAGGGAUCCUUUCCUCUACCAUAAUCAUCCGGACUCUCCUCCUCAUAAUCUGAGUCGAUUGGCACCGUUUGAUCUAAAAAUUCACAAAGAACCGUCUCGAGACUAUUUGGAGCCGGCGGCGGAAAUGCUUCAGAUGCUGGAUCCGAAUCCACCGAAUCCCGAUGAAUAUUUUCAAAUAGCUAACCGUUUAUGA